GCGCCAACAACGUUAUCAGCGUUGUACCUCUCAAACGGUUUUCGACGUUCUUUCCGCUGAUAAUCGUAGCAGACCGCAAUACUGCAGUGACAUUCCGAAGACGCUACGGCGAGAUGUCUUAGGCUGCAGUGUCGCAGUCCUAAUAAGUCGCAAUCAGUUCGCCGUCUGCGCGGUCUGAGGCCACGAUACGUCCUGCGUCGCAGUCGUAUGCUGUGCUCGCGUGAACUUACAUCUGAAGAGGAUCACACUGGACAACACGUUUACUUUAUGCCGUGUUUAAUACGGCUGGCUCAUCGUUCAACACAAUAAUUAUAGAUUCUAACUAUGGAUAACACUUGCACAUAUUGUCAGGAUGUCAUAGACAGUUUAACUGUAGUAUGCUUGGAAUGUUCAUACUUUCAAUUAUGUCUGGCCUGUUAUAGUCAUGGAGCAGAAAUUGGAGAUCAUAAAAAUAACCAUGGAUACAAGUUAAAAGGUCAAAAAUCACCUGGACAGUAUUUAGUUACCACGGAUGGAUGGACUGGUGAUGAACUCAUGCAUAUUUUAGACUUUGCUGAACAAUAUUCUUUUGGAUGUUGGGAUGAGUUACCAAAAAACAUAAUUAAUCGAACUCCUUCAGAAAUAAAAUUUCAAUUUGCUAAAUAUUUUUUGGAUGGUACGAUUGGAAGACUAACAUGGGGUACAAUAAAGAAACCACAAUUAGAAGAUCGUACAGUCCAUUUCAAACUAAAUGAAUCUGUUACUCAUUUAUCUGGAUUAUCUAAAGCUCAGUAUGCUGAAAUUGGAUACAAUCCAAUAAGAGAUGAAUUUGAAUUGGAAAAUGAUUUUGAUAAUAAUGCAGAGGCUGUUUUAAGUAUUACAUCAGAAUGGAAUGAUUUUGGAGAUGAUUAUAAUCUUGCAUGUAUCGAUAUGUAUUGUGCACGGUUAUAUGAACGUGAAUAUGCCAAAGAAGUGGUUCAUGAUUAUCAAUUGAUGGAUAAAUAUUUUUUCUCUAAAGAUAAACCCAAGCGCAGAUUAACACCGGAAGAAAGGAGUAUAAUAAGCAUUGAAAAUCAAAUAAAAAAAUUCAGCCGAUAUUUAACUGAAGUUGAAUUGUGGUCAUUAAAUAUACGGCUGCAACAAGAAUAUCUGCUAAAAAAACGGCGCGAAGAACUAAUUUAUUACAGAAAAAAUGGAAUUACAAAAUUAUACGAUAUUGUAAAAUUUAAUCUUUUGCAUUAUAGCAUGGUCGUAGAUGAACAAUCUGAACAGUCAUCUUCUGAUGUUCUAACACCGGCCCCUAUCAAACGCGGGGAAAAGAAAAGGAAAAAAAGGAAACGACCUAAAUUAUUCCAUAAGAAAAAUCAUGUUUAUCAUCGUACGCCUCAAUAUAUUGCUGCUCUCAAUAGAGUAUUGACUCAAAAUAAUGAAACUGAAGAUAAUUCUGAUUAAUAUUAAGGUUCUAAGUUACCUACUAGUAAUACAAAUUAUAAUAGUAUGUGAAUAAAAAUUGGAAGAAAUAUGUUUUUAAAAUUGUGUUCAAUAAUUAUUAAUUAAUUAAUUAAUAUGACUGAUAAAACUUAUAAACCUUCAAGUAUGAUCAAAUUCUGAUUAUUCAUUGAAAAUAUUUAAUAUAUUAUAUAUUAGAAAAUAUAACAAAAGAUUACUUUAACUUUUUUCAUAUAAAAAAAAUAUUUUUUUUUAUUGUACAAUUAAUUGCAAUAAGGUAAAAAUGCAAAUGGGUAGAUAUUGUAUGUAAGUACAAAGUAUACUUAAAUGAAACAAACAUUUGUAUAAAUUAAAUUUUUUUUCUAUUAAGUAUUAAAAAUAAAUUUGGUCUAAUUUGAUUCAAAGAUUUAUUUUAAUUGUAUUUAAAUUAUGCUGAAUGUAUUUGGUUUAAUUAUUACUCAAACUCCAAUUAUAAGCUGUGUCUGUGAUGUAUUAUAUUAAUUAUUGGACAAACAAAAUUACAUUAUAUUAGCCAUGUACUAUGUAUAUACUCUUCACUAUGAAUUAUUAAAAAUGUAUUCUACUAAGUAUAUAAUAAUAUUUAUAAUUUAUGGAAUAUUAUAAUAAACACACAUUUAACAGAGGACAAGUAACAUAAAGUUUGCAUUUGGCCAAAUAAUUUUAGUUUAUUAUAAAUACCAAAUAUUGUUUUAUUUGUUUUGAUUUUUCUAUAUUUUGUUUAUGUUUAUUCUAUCUUUACUUGCAAUUAUAAUUUGUUCUUUUUUAAUAAUCAAUAUAUAUUGUAUAUAGUUAUAAUUAGGGCAUAGAUUUUCUGUCUAAAUAAAAGGUUAUAAAAGAAUA